ACAUAGUGAAGCGGGCACCAGGCUCAUGAACUGGUCCUUUAAAGAUACAAAUAACAAGUGAAAGACUGAGAGACAAGUUUGAGCCAAAGGGUCUUUAGCAGUUGAAGCAGACUCAUUUAGUUUAAAUCCUGUUUGAGGAUCAGAUUCUUCCUCUUCUUGUCCUGCUUCCAGGUCAAAUUCCAGCUGCUCCUCCUCCUCCUCCUCCUCCUCCUCCUCCUCGGCUGUGGGGCGGUGGAGUGUUGACGCUGAAGGUUUGAAACUAUGCAGCAAAGUGAAAGGAGGAAGCAGAGAUCUUUUCUGCAGCUGCCGUCACAGUGAGUCUGAAAACUUCUGCUGCUUCACACACGUUAAACUGAUGAAGUGAUUUGUUGAUUCUCCUGCUGCCUCUGGAUCUUUGAAGACUUCUGUCCUGCUGCCUCUGGAUCUGUGAAGACUUCUGUUCUGCUGCCUCUGGAUCUGUGAAGACUUCUGUUCUGCUGCCUCUGGAUCAGUGAAGGCUUCUGUCCUGCUGCUCACUUCCAGGAAGGACUUCACUGCAGCUUCAUCCAGACUCACUGGGAACAGGUCACAGAGACAACCCUAACCCUUUCUAAUAAGCUCUCUUCUGCUACAGACUGAAUCAUGGGGGUGGAUGAAGUCCGAGUGACCUCUGACCCCUCAGGGUCACGACCUCGUGCUCGACCUCAGGGUGUGUUCCACAGCAUCAAGUUCUUCGUGUUGUGCCACAGUCUCCUGCAGCUGGCCCAGCUGCUGGUGUCAGGCUACAUGAAGAGCUCCAUCUCCACCAUCGAGAGACGUUAUGGUCUCUCCAGUCAGAAGUCCGGGCUCCUCGCCGCCUUCAACGAGGUUGGAAACACGAUGCUCAUCGUCUUCGUGAGCUUCUUGGGGAGUCGAGUCCACCGGCCGCGGUUCAUCGGGGGCGGAGCUCUGCUGGCCGGCCUCGCCUCGCUGAUGAUGGCGCUGCCGCACUUCUUGAGUGGACCGUAUGACUACAGCAGCUCCACCAGCUCAGCCUCCAGUCUUAACAGCAGCCUCUGCCAAUCAACAAACGUCUUCAGCACCUCCUCAUCCAAUCAGAGCUGCAGCCGGCAGCAGAGUCCCACCCAGGAAAGGGUGUACCCUCUGCUGCUAUUGGCUCAGCUGCUGCUGGGGGUUGCAUCCGUUCCCAUCCAGCCCUUUGGGAUCUCCUACAUCGACGACUACGCCAGCAAGAGGAACGCUCCGCUUUACCUCGGAAUCCUCCUCGCCGUGACGUCCAUCGGUCCGGCCCUCGGCUUCAUCACCAGCUCCCAGAUGCUGAGACUCUACGUGGACUUUGACAAGUUGUCCACAGACCAGAUCCGGCUGGAGUCCAAAGACCUUCGCUGGGUCGGCGCCUGGUGGCUCGGCUUCCUGGUGGCCUCCGGCCUCCUGGUCCUCGUGGCGCUGCCGUACCUCUUCUUCCCCAGAGUCAUGCCCAGAGAGGGCGGAGUGGACGAUGCAGAGUCCAGACCGGACGACCAGCUGCAGCAUCUCCCCGUCCUUCAGUUCCUCAAAAGUUUCCCUCGGAUCGCUCUGCGGACGCUGCAGAGCCCCGUCUUCCUGCUGGUGGUGCUGGCGCAGGUCAACCUGGCAGCGCUGCUCGCCGGCCUCGCCACCUUCAUGGCCAAGUUCAUCGAGAGACAGUUCAGUCAGACCGUCUCCUUCUCCACGCUGAUGAUAGGAGGAGUCGGGAUCCCGAUGGCAGUGCUGGGCACCGUCCUGGGCGGAGUCCUGAUGCGGAGGUUGAAUCUUUCUGUCAGUGGAGCCAGCAAGUUGUGCACCAUCGCCAUCCUGCUCUGCAUCAUGUCCUCCGUGCCGCUGCUGCUCAUUGGCUGCUCCACCCAGAGGGUCGCCGGUGUCUUUCCUCCAGACCCUGAUGCACUGUCGUGCAGUUCCAGCUGUGGUUGUCCUCAGGACGUCUUCAACCCGGUCUGUGGUUCAGACGGGGUCGAGUUCCGGUCACCGUGUCACGCCGGCUGCGAGGGGAUGGAGAUAAAACACAAAGUCACUAACUACACAGAGUGUCGCUGCGUCACCGGUCUCAAACACGCGGCUCCUGGAACCUGCGGCAGCGGCUGUGCCCACCUGCUCCGCCCCUUCAUGGCUCUUCUGGGAAUCACCAGCUUCAUCGCCGCUUUCUCUCAGACGCCGUCAUACAUGAUGAUUCUCAGGACGGUGUCGACAGAGGACAAGUCCUUUGCUGUGGGAGUUCAGUACAUGUUGUUCAGAAUGCUCGCCUUCAUGCCCAGCCCCGUGUUGUACGGCAGCGUCAUCGACACCACCUGCAUCCUGUGGGGCAGGAAGUGCGACAAGCAAACGUCCUGUCUGUACUACAACCUGGACCGAUUCAGACAGAGGUUCCUGGGUUUGCAGGUCGUAUUCGUGUGCGGGGGAAUGCUCUGCUUCCUGUUGACCAUCGUGGUCCUGCGGCGCUCGACCAGACGUCAGGAACCAGAGGAGGACGGGAAGGGGUACGAGCUGGUGACGGAGCAGAAAACACCUGAGGACGCAUCAUCUAGAGGGAAAGAAGAAAAAGGUGUGAAGACCUGAGGAGAGGAAACCAGAGGUCGCAGGGAAAGACAGAGGACGUCUGACCAGAGAGCCGGAGGGAGGAGAGGAGGAAGAAGAAGAAGAAGAAGAAGAAGAAGAAGAAGAAGAAGAAGAAGAAGAAGAAGAAGAAGAAGAAGAAGAAGAAGAAGAAGAGUGGAGAUGGUCAGAGAUGCUGCUGCAGUGUUUCUGCUGAGUCGUCUGACGUCAUGUGUCUAAGAGCUUUUAUUUUUGUAACUGUCCGAUCGCUGCUGUGUUCCUUCAUAAGCUGAUAUAUUCUCAGAUAUAUUUGAUUUUACAUGUUAAUACACUUUUCUUUAUAUAAUGCAGAAGUCCAAAAUUAUUACUUCAACAAAUGUGAACUCUGAAGCCACUCGAUGACGUCACAGGCUCCACUCCACCAUUAACUUUUCAUCUAGCGCCACCAUGAGGUUACAACUAAAGGAUGAAAUGUCAUUAAAUGUGAUUCAGAACUAGAUCUGCGCCAGCUGUACUUUGUACUUAGUAUCAAUUAGCACGUGUUAGCAUGCUAACAUGGUAAAUCACAGACUCGUCUGCACUGGGUGGUAUCAAGGUCCCGCCCAAACACACCCUCGGCCAAUCAGGAGUCAGUCUCAACUGUCAAUCACAACGUCUCAGCCAGUUUUUAUACCAUCAAAUAACUAAUGAUGGCUUCACUCUCACUGGACUUUGGACCAAUCACAGAGAACCUUCUGGUCUUUUAUAAAAAUGUAAUGAUGAUGUAAUAAACUCUUCAAUCUUCAAA